AUGCCCAACGCCACGGCCGCGCCGCCCUCCAACCACACCUGCCCCCGGAACCUGCUCAUCACGCAGCAGCUCAUCCCCGGCCUGUACCUGGUGGUUUUCACGGCCGGGCUGCUGCUCAACAGCGUGUCGGCCUGGGUCUUCCUGUCGGUGCCCAGCUCCAAGAGCUUCAUCGUCUACCUCAAGAACAUCGUGGUGGCCGACUUCGUCAUGAGCCUCACCUUCCCCUUCAAGAUCCUCAGCGACGCGCGCCUGGGCCCCUGGCAGCUGGGCGUGUUCGUGUGCCGCGUCUCGGCCGUGCUCUUCUACAUCAACAUGUACGUCAGCAUCGUCUUCUUCGGCCUCAUCGGCUUCGACCGCUACUACAAGAUCGUCAAGCCGCUGUCCGCGUCCCUCGUGCAGUCGGUCAGCUACAGCAAGCUGCUGUCGGUGCUGGUGUGGCUGGCCACCCUCCUGCUGGCCGUGCCCAACAGCAUCCUGACCAACCAGCGGGCGCCCGAGACCUGGCCCCCCAGCUGCGUGAAGCUCAAGAGCCCGCUGGGCCGGGCCUGGCACACGGCCAGCAGCUACAUCUUCGUCAUGGUCUUCUGGCUGGUCUUCCUCCUGCUCGUCGGGUUCUACACGGCCAUCACUAGGAAGAUCUUCAGGUCGCACCUCAAGUCCCAGAAGAACUCGCUGUCCUUCAAGAAGAAGUCCAGCCGCAACAUCUUCAGCAUCAUGCUGGUCUUCGUGGUCUGCUUCGUGCCCUACCACGUGGCCCGGAUCCCCUACACCCAGAGCCAGACCGACCCCAGCUACAGCUGCUGGGCCAGGGAGACCCUGCUCUACGUCAAGGAGUUCAGCCUGCUGCUGUCGGCCAGCAACGUGUGCCUGGACCCCGUCAUCUACUUCUUCCUGUGCCAGCCGUUCAGAGACAUCCUGUGCAAGAAACUGCACAUCCCCGUGAAGGCGCCGCCUGGCGCGGAAACUUCCAGGACCAAAAGGGGACAGACCACCCACGAGAGCAUCGGAACCCUGUGA